CGCGGAGAAAACCCCUCCCCCCCUCUCCCCGCUGCCACCUAUAUUAUGCCCGCCCCUGCAAUGAAUCCCAUCCGCCAUCGGCUUCAGCUCGACUCAAGCUCUGGUGCUGGCCGCCGGGUGAGAUUGUCCGGAUAUCAAAAUGGAUUGUGCUGGUGGCUCUCCGAUCGCAGUAGCGUCGGCCGAAUCCUCCCGCUUGAACCGAUCCGGCAAGGUGCGCAAGAAGCAGUGGGCGCCCAAAGUGAAGACUGGCUGUGUCACCUGCAGUUGCCUGAAAUGCUCCUCCACCGGCCGGAAGUGCGAUGGCUAUGACCCUGUUCCGCGCGAGCAGACCUCCUCGCCCGACCCCGUGCAGAUGCCCCCGCCCUGGGAAUUGGUGUCGGGCAAUCCGGUCGAGCUCGACAGUUUCCGCUUCUUCUGCGACGUCACCACCCCCGACCUGGCCGCGCCUUUUGAUACCGGGUUCUGGUCCGGCCGCCUGCUCCAGGUCGCCCAUCACUACCCGGCGCUCUGGCACGCCAUGACCGCGCUGGGCAGUAUUCAUCGGGACUUUAUCACUGACCCCACGCCGAUCAUGGCCUCCCGCACCGAGGACAGCCAGAAGAUUGGCUUUGCCUUGCUGCAAUUCAAUACCUCCAUCCAGUGCCUCCGGGAUAUGCUCGCGGGCCCGGCCCUGACCAGUCUGGACCGGCUGGUGGUUCUGAGCAUCUGUAUCCUAUUCACCUGCUCGUCCAGUCUGCAGGGCCGCCAGUGGCAGGCGUUCAUGCACAUCAACAGCGGGCUGAAGCUCCUUCACCAUUGGAACCUGGGGUCUGGGGACCGAAGCCCGCCGGAGGAGGAUCUGGACAUGACGAUGUUGCUCGUCGCGCUGACCCAGCUCGACACCCAGGCCCGGCCAUACAUCUGCGGCAGACUGGGCAAUCUGCAAUGGACGGAAAGCCCCGUCGUCAUCCCCCCCGUGACACCCCCCUUCCAGUCCCUCCUGGAGGCGUACAUCGCCUUGGAGGUGCACUUCAACAGAAUGAUGCAAUUGGUAAUGAGCCGGACAUACGACCCCACUCUAGAAUCGCUCUCCAAGAAACAGAAACUCGUCCACGAUCUCCACCAAUGGGACGAUCGACUCGCCGACUACCUGUCGCAAAUGGCCCCCCAGCCAAGUGACCGGCAGGCCUUGAGGCUUAUAAAUAUCCGCCGCGCAUUCACCCGCAUCUACCUGUCCCUGGACCCCUCGAAAGGCGAACUCGCCCAUGAUGACCUGAUCGACGACUACGCCGACAUGCUCCAGCUCGCGGGUGAGAUUCUCGACGAUGCCAUGCAGUCGCGAAUAGAUUCCCCCGCCCAGCCGACCUUCCGCCUCGCCGCCACCGUUAUCGAACCGCUCUUCCUCAUCGCGUCCCGCUGCCGCGAGCCGACACUCCGCCGCCAGGCCCUGCAGCUGCUGAAGCGACAUCCCCGCCGCGAGGGCAUCUGCGAGGGUAUGAGCGGCGCGAAGGUGGUGCAGCGGGUGAUGGACCUCGAAGAGCAGUGCCUUUAUAGCCCGGAGGGCUGCAGCGGCAGUGGGAAAUGGGUCUGCGUGGACCAUCGCGUCACGAGCAUGCAACAGACAGACAGAAAGACAGACGUUGUACGCAAGUGAGCUGAGCUGAACUGAGCUGAGCUGAAC